AUGGACCCCGGGUUCAUCACCAUAGAGCAAAAGGAGGAGGAAAUUUUGACCAUCGACAAAUACCAGAGCCUUGUGGGAGCUUUGCUCUACGUUGCUGUUUGCACACGACCCGAUUUAGUGAUCCAUGGGCGGAAAGUCAGCAAACCAACGGCACGUGACUGGAUGGAAGCGAAACGAGCCCUGCGGUAUUUGAAGGGUAUUGCUGGACUAAAGCUGCGACUGGGAGGAAGAGGCAAUCUUGAAGGAUACGCUGACGCUGACUGGGCGUGCGACCGUACGGAUAGAAAGUCCAAUUCUGGUUUUCUGUUCAAGCUUGGCGAAGGAGUAAUUAGCUGGACAGCUCGCAAGCAGCAGUGCGUGACCUUGUCUUCAACCGAAGCGGAAUAUGUCGCACUUGCGGAGGCCACCAAAGAGCUUCUCUGGCUGCUCAAGUUAAUGCGAGGACUAGGCGAGGAUAUUCAGCAACCCGUGACCGUCUACGAAGACAAUCAAAGCUGUAUCAGUAUGCUGAGUGCCGAAGGAGUGACGAGACGAACAAAGCACAUCGAUACCAGGUAUAACUUUGUCCGGGAUUUUUACGGAUCAGGAGUCCUCAACAUCGUGUAUUGUCCAUCAGAGGAGAUGUUAGCGGAUGCGCUGACAAAACCACCAGGCCGAAUUAAGCUGCAGAAGAUACGGGAGGAGAUUGGCUAG